AUGGGACACCUGGACAGCAAGGGGGAAGAAAGCGAAGCCCAGAGGGACUCGACAUCCGCACCCAUGAUCCUUCUCAAACAGAAAUCUGGCCAGCCCCCAGACUCCCAGAAACCCUCCAGUGACAUCUGCACGUGGCAUUCGCCCCAAUCAUCCUCUGUGGGGGACCCUCCUGGGCUCUUCGGGGUGUGGAGCGGCAUCCCCGGCCCCCACCCCCUGGAUGCCAGGGCCCCCCCCAAGUGUGACAACCACAGAUGUCCCCAGCCAUCAGUGUCCCCUGGGGGCAGAUUCCUUCCAGGUGAGGAGCUGCUGAACAGGUGGGACAACAGGCUGGGGGGAAUGACCCCGGGCGCUGACCAGCCUGGCAGGGGGGACCUGGGCCUGCAUCCCGAGGACGUGCACGCACUGCUGAAGCAGGUGGCCACGCUCUGGGUGCCCAAGCCAGGAGCUGACGAGCCCUACACGUGUGGCCUAGGGCCGCAGGCCUCGCUGGCCCCGCAUUUCAACCUCCAGGAGCUGUGUGGUCUGGCGCCCGAGGUCGCACUUCCCGAGACGCCCUGGAGCAGCCCCGUGGCGCUGGCGGCGGAGGUGCCGGAGCUCACGGUGGUCCAGUGGCUUGUGAAGACAGGCGCGCAGCCGCCGGAGGAGUUCGCAAGGCCAUGGCCCUGCUGUUCUGCAGCCCUGGAGCGCCCGGAGGCGCGGGCUGCGGCCCUGGCCGAGCUGCGGCCUGAGAACCUGCUGCUGGCGGCACGGCGGGGCUGCUCAGCCGCCAGGCCCCAGCGCCUGCUGCUGGCAGACUUCGGCCGCGUUCCCCCGCGACCCCCUGGCGCCCACGCGCGGCAGCUGGGCCGCCCACUCUGAGAGCUACUUGGCCCGGGCGCGCCCUUGGCCACGUCCUUGGCCGUGGGCCUGGAGCACCUGGAGGCCCAGCUGGCCCGCGCGCGGCCCUCGGCGGCCGGGACACGCGGCUUGUUGCAGGUGCUGCUCUGGGGGUCUGGGCCCGAGCUGCGCGGCUGCGGAGCCCCGCUGGGGUCCUGGCUGCGGAUGCGCCGCGCGCUGCUGGUCCUGCACCUAGCCGAGCGGGCUGUGGGUGGGGAGGUGCCCAGCCUGGAAGACUGGCUGUGCUGUGAAUACCUGGCCAAGGCCACCGAGGACUCCUUGUACCUCGCCCUGGAGCUGCUGUGGAACUGA